UUAUAAACAUUUUUGUUUAGGUAGUCCAAUAUUGACAAAACCAAAUCCCCAACUCUGUCCCCUUUCUACUCCGGCUACAAUUCGCCGUCCGACUUCAACAGCAGCCGCUCGGAAUAAACAGCAGAUCGGUUCAGCGACUCGACACUACAAGAUUCAGUUGUAUUUUUGAUGCGAGUGUGAUCACGUGCAUACGAAUUUGCUGGAGAUAUGUUGGUUGGAAUUUGUUGAAUGGCGGUGAAUUGCUUUUUGUGGAUGAGAAAUCAGAUUUGAGGACACGCUCAACCUUGCUGAAAAAUGACUCUAGUUUAUGUAUAUGUUUCAUGUGUGCUUAAUUACUUCCAUCGUGCAGCCUAUCUGUAAAAUGAAGGGAAAAUCUCUGACGCCGCACUAAUCGAUGAGGAAAAAGUUCAUAUUGUAUUACAAUGCUUAGAAGCUACAACAUUUUUCACUGGAAAAUCAGUUGAUGGAAUUAUCUGAUAAGGAAUCUAGGACGCCAUGCAGGAUUGGUGACAGAACUACUAGCGACAUUGUUGUAAGGAUUAGAACACAGGAAGGGCGUGAUGAUUGGAUAUACUGCCAUUCACAUAUUCUUGUAGACAAAAGCAAGUAUUUUGCUGACCGGUUAUCUGACAGUUGGCCAACAUGCCAGAUUCUUGACUCGCGUAACUGUAUUGAGGUUCAUUGUGAAGAAUCCGAUUUUGACCAUCAUAUUGUCAUUCUUAGACUUUUCUAUUUCACCUCAGAUGUGAGUGUGACUGAUAUAGGCAGUGUUAAGAAUGCUGUUGGAAUACUGAGAGUUGCGAUUCAUCUGGUAUGCCCUCAAAUUGUUUCCACCUGUGUAGGCUAUUUGGAAUCAGUCCCUUGGGAUGAAUAUGAGGAAGAAGAGGUUUUGAAAGUUAUUCCUGGAAUGGGAUCCCAAGCAGAAGCGGUACUUGCUCGUUUGCAGCCAGUCAAUCCUUUGGCUGUUAUUAAGAUCUUCAUAUCAGCCAUUCAAUUUGCCACAUCUUCGCCACCAUCCUCGAUGAAUGAUCUGAAGGUCUCAUCUCAGGAGCAGCUUGAAUACUUGCUGACUGAGGAUGAUGAUGCUCCUUUCUUAACUACUGCUGAUGAAAUCAAAACGGAAGCUAAGUUAUGUGUGAAUGGAUUACUAAUGAGAUUUGUUAGCCUUGUGGAUUCUUUGGUUGGUGAUCUCCAAGAAUCAAUGGCUGAAGCAGGGAAGAUCGAGUUGUUCCAGGCCUAUUUGAAUGAUUUAUCAUGGACUUCUCAAAUAGUAACAAAGUUAGAAAUCUCAAGUGAUUUUGUUCUCACCUGGGUGGAGACGUCUGUAAAGAUAGUGAAAGUUGCUGAGGAAGCUUGUCGAGAAAGCUCACUACACAUCCAGGUGAAAGUUCUUGAGGUUGCUGUCAAAGUGUUGGAAGCAAUAGGGUAUGGAACUCUCAUCUUACCUACUAUGAAACGCCUUCAAAUGGUCAAAGUUUGGCUACCGUUUGUUAGACUCGUGAAGCCUUCAGUUGACUCUGUCGCUUCUGAUGAUGACAAUGACAUGUUGCUGAAAUCUAACGACGAGCUUUGGCAAUCAUUGGAAUCAGCAUUUGUGUCAAUGAUUCUUGCAUUACCAUCAUCAGACCAAGCAGAAAUCUUGACAGAGUGGUUUGAAAAUAAACAGAUUCACUACCCAGACCUAACCGAAGCAUUUGAAGUGUGGUGCUACAGAUCAAAAGUUGCCAAGCGAAGGCUGGCAUUACUCGAUAAAAACGACCCAACUCCUAACAGAGUAUGAUAAGGGUGGCUUUGCUCGAUGGAUUGUAUCACUCUUCUAGUAAGAUUCUGUAACCUGUCAUGGCAAACUAACAAUUCAAAAGCAGUGUACUAAUCCUCACGUAGAUCUGGUGUAUGCUGUAUGCAACUUUUACUCAACAUAGUUUUGAUGCAUUGAGUUUUAAAGAA